AUGAACAACUAUCAGAUUUACGAUGAGGUAGGUAAAGGCCGUUUUAGUACCGUCUACAAGGGGCGCCGAAAAAAAACAAUUGAGUACUAUGCAAUCUCCUCCAUUGACAAGUCCCGGCGGCAACGCGUACUCACAAACGUGCGUUUUCUUCGUUCCGCAGAUCACCGACGCAUGGUCAAGUUUCACAAUUGGUAUGAAACAAACAAUCACCUGUGGCUCAUCACGGAAUUGUGCGUUGGUGGCGACAUGCGACAGGUGUUAAACUGUCACAGCCGACUCUCUGGGCGGGCAGUGCAGAUGUUUGGCACUGACAUCGCGGAAGGCCUUAUGUACAUUCACUCCCGUGGUGUCGUUUACGGCGAUUUAAAACCGUCAAACAUUCUGAUGGACUCCACCAUGACAAUGCGGUUUUACGACUUUGGGUUGUCAUGCGACUUUAACGCCGUGCGUGGCGAGGGAACUGUAGGCACCCCGCUGUACAUGGCACCGGAACUGUUUACAAAGGGGGGUGUCCCAUCUAUGGCCUCCGAUCUUUGGUCAUUAGGCUGCCUCCUGUAUGAAUUCGGUGCCGGUAAACCGCCGUUUGACGGCUCAGACCUCGCCUCCCUUAUCACAAACAUUAUGAUGGAGCCCUUUCGCCGUCACGAGACUCUCUCAGAGGAGCUCAAUAGUUUAUUGGAGUUGCUUUUUGUAAAGGAUCCGCAACGACGCGCGUCAUGGAGCGAUGUUGUUGCACACGACUUCUGGGAGGGCAAGCUGCAGCUUCCCACGACUGCGUUUCCGCCUCAGCCCGCCUUUGAGAGCUGGAUGCAACGCAGAGCAGCUGCGGGUGCAAGCAGUCACUUGUCAAUGUCUGAAGAUGAAGUGAAGAGACACGUGGAGUGGGCCGUAGAGAAUGCCAAGCGUAAUCACACUAUUGUGCAGUUUGCCAGCGAAGGAGGGCCCUCAAAGUGUCCCACGAUAACGGAGGAAGUGGAUUUACAGGAUCAUAGUGCAAUGGCUGACGCAGCGGUUGAGGGCGCUGGCGCCGCAUCUCGCAUGGAUACUCAGGCAGACGGACGACAGCUGACGGCUGGGUCAACUGGCGUUGCUGUAGGUGCCACACCUUCUCAGUUUCUUCGCGAAAAGGAAGGCAUCCAGAGUGAAACUGGCGUUGAUGUGGCAAGCGAUAACCGUACCGCUGCCACCGAUGCCAGCAGCAUUGCAUGUGUCUCUGUGGGUGUGGACGGGUUAGAAAACUUAUACUUGGAUAAAUUAAUGAUGCACGCCUCUGACGCUCACAUUCGUCCACUCGUGAUGAACAGUCGCAUUGAACGGUUUGUUGAGCAAAAGUACGACCCCGGUACACUGGGAUUUGGACCCCCUACGAAGGCGGAGCUAAAGACUUUCAAUGAACAGCAGCAGUCUGACUUCAUUAAGAUGAUCUACCGAGCCCUUUCUUCUUCGUCACUGGGCUAUGAAGAGAAGUUAAAUGUUCUGUGCUAUUUUGAGACGGUCUGCAUGGAUGCACCGAUUGCAAAUUUUAUUGUGAAUAGCUCCAUCAUGGUGCUUUGUCUUAAGAUGGUGGCACAGCGGAAGGCGCCUUCGAACUACCGCGCCACGGCGGCCUCUAUCAUGGGUAUUCUCGUGCGUCACGCCACAUUUAUUCACACUGAUCUUGCCAAGGCGAACAUUCUCUCCUCCAUCAUUGAGGUCUACGGCGGUGAGGAUAGCCCCCGGGUGAAGCGUAAACUAGCAGCGUGUUUGGGGGAGCUUCUCAUUUACAUCGCCGUUCAGCGGGAACGCGAUCGAAAUGUUUGGGGGCUCAACCCCACCGCCACACUUAACGUAUACCUGUCUGUAUUGGGGGAUGCAGAUGACGUGCUGAGGCACUACGCUGUUAAAGCGAUUGAGAAUUUAGCGUCGGUGAGUGAUCCAACUGUUGCCCUCAAAAUCUUUGCAAAGCCUGAGGUGUUGACGGCGUUGUUGGCUGUUUAUGCGCUUCCACCCGCGUCUGGUCGCAGCGAGCACAUGCGAUCAAGUGCGGCGUGUGCGGCACUAAAGUUGUCCGCACUGAGGGAGGAUCUUAUACCGGUGGUCCUGGAGUCAUCACACCUGAAGUUGAGGUUGUACGGUGAGGUACUCGCGGAUGCGACGGCGCCGAAAACGGCGCAGUCGUUGUUGACAUUUAUUAACAUGGCGAUUGUAAAAAGUCUUGUGGCAGUACGGAACCCCAUUAUGGAACAGUGGGGAAAGGAAGCGGUAAACAUCUUUUCUAGCUCCCGUCUUUCGCGAGAACAGGGAACAGACCUCAUUGAACGUAUUAGCAGUGUCGCAGGGGCGGUGGUAAGCGGGCUAUGCACGGGAUGCGACUACGCCUCUGUCGCUGUGAAAGGCAAAAUGUUGUUGUACAUUGUCCUGCUAGGAUGCAUGGAUGAGAAACUGCUUUUGAGAUUUUUUUCGAAUAAGCUCAUUGGUUGCAUCGAUAGCGUUGUGCGGGACAAGGAUUCCUACGUGCAGCGGUGUGCAGCAAGCUUGACGUGCUACUUGGGGGCUUUUUUAGAGGCGCGCUUGGCGGCCAUGGCGGAGGGGUCCUCGUCUGGUGCCACUACCGCCACCUUGAAUGCGGCGUACAAUGUCUUGACUGCCAGAAAUCUUGGCAUGAUGGUGGAGUUACGUGAGAAUGUUUUUGUUAGUCUGGGUGCCUGUCUGGAGAAGGCAAUGUCGUCGCCACGGUAUGCGGCAUGUGAAGAAGAAUUGAACAAAAUAGUAGGACUUCUCACACAGAGCACUGAGCGUGUUCUGAAGCAUCGCCGUGCUUUGGUGAAUGAGCUAUUUCCGAUCUAUGUGCGUAUGCUGGGCGGUUCUGACGUUGAGCGUCGCUUCUCGGCUCUGCGUACGCUAAGUGCCUUUGUUGCACCCCUCGCUGAUGCAUCGGGUCUAGUACGUGAGGAGAAAAUUAUGGAAGCGGAGAAGUUGGACCAGUUGACGCGGGCCGUCGCGUCCUCGCUCCCGGAGUUACUGAAUGAAAACGAACCUAUUCCCAUUCUUGCCCUGCGUCUGCUUGCAACGUGUGGCGAGCGGCGGUCAAAGGCGUUUGCCAGCAUUGCCACAGUGGAAUUAGCAGGGGACCUGGUGCGCUAUAUGCUGCGCUCUAAGCAAGGCAAUCUCUCUGUGCCACUGCAGCUGCUGCUCUUUCUGGUGGUGCAAACAGAGCGGAUGGCGGAGAUCAUGGAUUAUUUGGCAACGCAAGAGUUUUUCACGUCAGUCCUUUUGAAGACGCUGACAAUGGCCGUGACAAAGGAUAUCGAUCACCUCCUGGAGCCUUGCUGUGAACUUUCCGCCUUUUUGUUAAAGCAUGCUGUGAACCACACAGUCUCUCCCAUAGCGCAGCAGUGCCUACUUCUUCUUCCACAACAAGGCAUGGAAUCCUUGUGGUUGCCACUUUGCGCCUCACCAGUGCGCUCAGCUGCUGAACAUGCCGCUGCAUGCGUGUGCUACUUUGUUCAUUUGUCACCGCUGGCCCAUUACGAUCUUCUAACGACAGAGAGUCUGACCCGCUUACGGGAAAUAAUCUCCGACACACGUGGCAAUCCCACCGUUGUGGUUUUUGUGCUUCGUGCCUUGCGGUACUCCUGCGAGCGCGGUCGCAAGCGCGACGUGCAGCGGGUAUCAGAGUGGCUCUCAACUGUACUGAGGGCCAUUGCACGCGAAGAGGACAACGACAGGGAGUUGUCUGCGGAGGCCACAGCCAUUAUGGAGCUCAUUGAUGCCUAG